GUACGCUACACAUAUUAUCUGAUUCACGCAUGACAAUUUACAAUCACUAAGAUUAUUAGAACUCUUGAGUUUGACACUGAAUUGAGCAUUGGAGCCUCGGGCCACGAAGGGCCGCCCUCUCCGUUUGUUCUUGUAGGAUUUGCGGAGGCUUACCGCUGCGUCAGUUUUCUCAACACCUGAUGUGUGGAUAGUCCAGAGCAUCCACAAUGAAUAAGUGAAAUGACAUGCCAGCACAUUGCCUACCUGCCAUGAAUAUACAACUCCUGGAUACAUUUAAUAGAUGAAACCCAAUUGCCAAAUAAAUUUAAAAACUGUUGCCGUCAACUGACCUAACUCCCACCUACAACACAAGGCAAAAUCAAUGAAGUUCAACUACAAACAGUACAGAAUACCAUUAUCGGAGGCUCUAGAAAUGUCGUCGGUCUUCCUUGAUUUUCAUUUUUGGUCUUUUAUUUCCUGUGUCAAAGAGUUUGGUUUAGCCUCUGCAACUGUAGAUUGAGAGGAAAACAGAUGAAUGACCAUAUUGUAAAGAUAGUUGUAUGGGGACUUGUUUCUUGGUCAAUAACUUUUCUUGUCAUUAGAAGAAUAUUAUUGCCAAAUCGCUCUUUUGGGUUCUGCAAUCGUGUUGUUUCCACAAUCCAUGCGGCUCUGGCUGUAAUCUUAGCUUCUCUAUCUGUUGAAGAUUGGAGUUGCCCUGUUUGUCCUCUGGCUUCACAGUCUUCACCAAGUCAGGUACAUAACUGUCUCUUUAAGAUGUCUUUUGGUUCUUGUAAUAAAGAGAAGAGGUUGAUUUGUGUCUGUCUUUGUUUCACUGAGCAGAUGAAAGCAAUUGCUGUUAGCCUCUCUUAUCUCAUCUAUGACCUAAUCUGCAGUCUCUUUGACAAGCAAGCUGGCCUUGAUAACACAAUCCACCAUUUGGUUAGCAUUGUUGGUUCUGUCGCCGGACUGACCUAUAAAAGGUGUGGAUCAGAAAUGGCUGCAGCACUAUGGAUGACAGAGAUCUCCAGCCCUUUCCUCCAUGCAAGGGAAAUUCUCAAAGAGCUGGGCUACAAGGACACUGACCUUAAUUUUGCUGCAGAUAUGUCAUUUGCAGUCAUUUUCUCCACGGCUAGAAUGGUCGGUGGUCCAUUUCUCACUUAUGUGACUCUGCGUGCCGCUAAUCCAUUCAUAAUCAAGGCAAUGGCAUUGGGAUUACAGCUGGUCAGUGCUUUCUGGUUCUACAAGAUUGCUAGGAUGGCCAUGUACAAGCUAAGGAGAAGGUCUACAUUCAAGAAAGCUCCCUCGUACUACCCAAAUUCUGAAAAACAGAACUAAAUCAGUGCCAAGAAAGAUAAACCUUGUAUUUAUAAAAUUCUCGCAAUCUCAUUACUCAUAAAUGAGAGAGCAGACUUGUUAUGUUUUGGCAGCCGCCUCUAUGUACCAAGCAUCAGCUUGUAGAAAAA